CGCGAACUGAAGCCGACGUCACGGAGGGAGCAGGCAGGAGCCAGGAGCCGCUCGGGGAAGAGUUCGGGACCUGUCGUAUUUUUCUCCCACGCAAAGAAAAAAUUAAUUUAUCCGUUCCUGUUCACGAUGUCGGGGCUUGACAGCAACCCGUUCGCUGACCCGGUGGACGUGAACCCCUUCCAGGAUGCCUCAGUCACACAAGCUAUCGGCGGGGUCUAUGAAAGCACCGGAGAGUAUAACCCGUUCACUGCAAAUGAAAUGGGAAAGUUCACUGGGACAACCAUCCCAGUCUCUAAAGCCUCCUCAUCCCAACCUGCUGUACUUCCAACUUCUGUGGAGCAAAGUCCACAAGCUACGGCAGCAGCUGCUCAGGCUAAUCUGGUCAGGCAGCAGGAGGAGCUGGAGAGGAAAGCCGCAGAGCUGGAGCGAAAGGAGCAGGAGCUGCAGAACAGGAGCAGCAGAGUCUCCAACCCAGGAGCUAAAGAAAACAACUGGCCGCCUCUUCCAAGGUUCUUUCCCAUAAAGCCGUGCUUCUAUCAGAACUUUGAGGAGGAUAUCCCAGAAGAUUACCGCAGAAUAUGCAAGAGAAUGUACUACCUCUGGAUGUUCCAUAGCGCCACUCUGUUCCUCAACAUCCUGGCUUGCCUGGCUUACUUCACCGCUGACGCUGCUAAAGGUGUGGACUUCGGUCUGUCCAUCCUGUGGUUCAUCCUCUUCACCCCUGUGUCUUUCGUCUGCUGGUACAGGCCGGUUUACAAAGCCUUCAGGUCUGACAGCUCCUUCAGCUUCUUUUUCUUCUUUUUUGUUUUCUUCUUCCAAGUGGCAGUGUACAUUAUCCAAUCAGUGGGCAUUCCCUCAUGGGGAAACAGUGGAUGGAUCUCAUCAAUUAGCAUGAUUCGUACGAACUUGGCAGUUGCCGUGGUUAUGAUGGUAGUGGCUGGUUUUUUCACCGUCAACGCUGUGUUGGGUGUCAUCCUGCUGAAAAUGGUCCACUCCAAGUACAGAAAUUCAGGCGCCAGCUUCUCCAAGGCUCAGCAGGAGUUUUCCCAGGGAGUCCUGACCAACCGCACCUUCCAGAGCGCCGCUGCUAGUGCUGCCACCUCUGCUGCCACCUCUGCUGCCCAGGGGGCCUUCAGCAGUAACCAAGGGAAUUAAACUGCUCCAGAAAAUUACCUGGAGGACUCAGGCUAGUAUUUUCUAACCAGCAAGCCGUGACUACAUGUAAACAGUACGAUUAGUUGUACGGAACAGACUUUGAUCAUUUUACAGAAAUUUGCCAAAAGAACAAUCAGAAACUCACAAAAUGGCAUUAUGACGUGUAUAAAUUCUGCAUCUCAAACACAGCUAAAACAAGAAUGUUGAUGCAAGCAUGCCUUGAACAUGGCCUGGUAGUUUUGACAUUUGAGACUGCCUUUUAUCAGUGUGCAAUAUGUUGGAAUGUGCAGCCAUCUGAAGCUGGUUUAAAACAAAUUAGCCAAACCAAAACGAGGCCUUAAGAACAAACCUGAUAUUAGUGUAUGAUUAUUAAUGACUUGAGCUUCACCAUAUAGCAUCCAGAGCCUAUCCACCUUAUUCCUAGCCCUCAUUAGGCUUUGCGUGAUUUAUGGGCGCGACUUCCGGCACAAACCGGAACCACCAUUUGUUUACAUGAUAGCAACUCGUUAACCGGCGUUCGUCAGAGCUUUUAGGCUAUAAAAUAUAUGGGAACAUCAACUAUCACAGCUUAAAUGUGGCAAUAUUGUUUUACCGCUACCUACAGCUAUUGCGGGGAGGGAUGGCGACUUGAAGAAAAGGCCGCAAAUAACCCGCACUAGCAUAUUUAGCUACUUCACUGACUCGGUUGCUUUGGAGAUGCUGGUUUUCUUCCAUUGGCUUUUUGAACACACAAUGAAAUGAGCACACAUAGAGCAUUUUGGGUUCUCUCUUCAAGUUUAGAAUUUUUAGCCAAAUUCUUUUUGUUUGCUUAUCUGUCGGUAGGUGAUGACAACUACCGCUUAUCACAGAAACUCUGCCUUUUUGUUUCAGGAGCGCGUUCAAAACACAUAUGCUGCUGCAGCCACAAACUAAAUGUGGUCUGAUAAUUAGAGUACAGCCACAAACAGCACAACAGUUACCCGAGUUCUACAAGAGCAUCUUACCACACUUUCCAGUGGCAAGCUGCUCUGUAUAACAGGUUAAUGUGUGGUCCGGUUCUAGUCCAGUCGGGGAAGAUUAUCCGUAUUAUGGUCUGAAGCGCAGCAGCAGCUGCGGUCACUUCUCCGCUGAUUUGCAGCGUCACUCAGCAACGGAGAACCUCGAGGUUCUGGUUCUGAUGGACUAAAUAAACCCAGAUAUUUUAUUUUAUCUUACAGAAAUUUAUUGCUGGCCCAAACAUAAUGAUAAAACCCACUUGCUGCAGCCACUUCAUGAACUUUAUUAUUUUUUUAAUUUAAAUGAAAAAUAAAAUUCACAUCACACCAAGCUAAUAUUAUGUAGUCCUGCUGUUUUAUACUGUCGGCACAAACCUGCAGCUCAGAAGUUCUCUGCUUUUUUCUUCUUUAUUACUGUCAGUACAUCAGAGAAACGAGCUGCUAGCUGUGCUGUUAAUUCACGGUUAUUCCGUUAUAAAACUUAACGCUGUGUUCCUGUUGCUCCCUGUGAUUAAACACAUAAUUACGAUCUUCUGUUUUAGCAGUUCUCUGAUAGCAGACAGAGUGUCCUUAAACAAGUUUUACUAAAUAUUGUACAACAACCGAAAAGAGAGAUGCAACUUCUAUCAUGAAUAUAGAUUAGCCAAAAACCCUACAAAUUACAAUGAAAUACUGCUGCUUCCGGUGGGCGCCGGAAGUAAAACCCAUAAUCGUUUCCCCAGUAAGCCUCCCAGGAAUAAGGUGGAUAAAGUAUCAUUCUGAUCUGAGCGUUAGUACUUACAACAAACUAUGUACCAAGUUUUUUUUUUUGUUGUAAAUUUUAUGUUACUGUUUAUCUGCUCUCUAAAUUUGGUGUGGUUUUUUUUGUUAGUCUUUUCUUUUAUAUAUGAGAUGUACGUGAGCUGAUUACUAAUGAAGGUGAUGGGAUGAAGGUUUGUCUUUGUUCGCUUUUAAUCGGCUUACUGAGUUUUGAUGGAAUGUGUCUAAAAGGGUAAAUGAAGAUGUGAUUUUUGAGGGGGCUGCUAAGUUUUUAUUCAAUAUUUACUUGUGAAGGAAAUGUCUGUUUUCAGUCAUAACGGAGCCUUCCUGUAAUUACCAAGUAAUGCAGUCAGGUUUGGUGCAAAAUUACUGAUGAAUACUAGAUGGUCUGAAAAACCAGAAUACUUACAGGGGACAUAGUAAAUAUUACCAAGUUACUUCAUGGUUACUAGGAUUUAUAAGACUUGGCAUGUAAUUGUAUAUAAAACUCAUGACUUCUAUAUUUAUGGUAUCAUGUUUGUGUCUUUUUAACUAGUUCCAAAAAAAAAUUUAUAUGAUUGUAUGUCUGUGGAAGGAUUGUAUUGUAGUUUCCUUAUGAUCAAAAUGUGUUGUACAUAUGUUUAUUUAAACUAUUUACUGGAUGGGCAUGUGUUGGAAAAUAGUUGUGUUUGAACAAGCAAUAAACAUUGAUUUAAACUAAA